AUGUCGGCUCCUCAUCGUGGCCUGCCUCCGCCGGCGGCCAUGACUCUUCCUCCCCAGCAGCCCCCAGUGGCUGGUGCUCCUCCAUCUACACAUCUUCCACCCCAUCCGCCUCCUCCGCCUCCGCCACAGCCAUCCUUGGGCCCUCCUGGUCACCAGCAGAGAGAUUCAUGGGGCCAACUACCUGCUCCACCUCAGCAAUGGCAAGGAGCAGAGGAAUCCAUGAGGCAUUGGCUACAGGCGAGGGCGGAAGAGGAUAAGAGAAAGCAGGAGGAAGAGCGGACGAGGCAGGAGAGCUUGCGUCUAGAGCAGCGUAAAGUUGAAAUGGAUAUGCUGCGGACGUCGCUUCAGGCAGGUAUACCUCCUCCCAUGGUUCCUUUGGUGUUUGCGGGCAUGGGUAGCGGAGGAGUCGCGCCACAAGCUGCCCUGGAAUGGGCUCAGCAGUUCAUGCCCCCUGGACAGGCUCCUCCCCGUGCCCAGAUUAUGCCUGCACAGUGGCCUGUGUCACCCGAACACCAGCGAGAACCUCAAACACUGUCGCAUACCCACGCACAGCACCCGGGCAUUCCAUCUGCGUCGACCCCAGCAGCCGGAUAUGUGUAUCCGGCAUCACCAUCAAGGCCUCGAGGCCAGACAGUGAGUGGUGCUAUAGGACGACCCAUGGGCAUAUCGACAUUACCGAGCAUCAACACCAACGUGCCACAGCCCGCACACGUUCCUCCCCCGAUGCACUCACAUCAGCAUCCGCAUAUGCAGCAACAACAGCAGCAAGAAGCCCAGUCGAGUCCUUCGAUAUACUUUCACCACUGGCAGCCACCGACAUCGCAAGCUAGCGGAAGCUCGAACCGACCCGGAAGUCCUUCUGGGGAAACUCCCAGAAAGCGCAAGGCAACAGGGCAUCAUGCGCCUUCCCCAACCCGCAGUGAGCAGCGAUAUCGAUCACCUCCGCCUCUCAGUCAAAGCAGCUCGUCGAGCGCAGCUUUUCGUGGAUCGCGACGUGGUCAUUCACGACAAAGAAGUGACAUGUCACCCUUUAGAGUGGUCGGGCCAGGACGGUCUCGCAGAGAGAGUUUUGGCGGACCUUUACGCCGAAUGUCGCCGAUACGCGCCUCCACGCCCAUGCCCUCGCAAGAAAGACCGGGUAGCGAGAACAAACAGUCGGUAUCAGCUAUAUUGUCAGAAGAGCCACCGCCUAGCACACGGUAUCCUGGGCCCCGUCGCCCGAGCGAAGAGCGAGAAAACCGCUACAAGCAGCCAUCACCUGGAGAUUCAAAGCCGCAUCGAAGCAUCGAGGAAACCUCAAAAUCGCGAGAAGAUUCAGGGGACAGACAAGGCGGUUGA